UCAAAGAAAGCACUAUAUUUUUUCUCACUCCACUCUCUUAGUGGACUACAAUUCUUCAAUUCCCAGCUCCAAGACAAAACUCACAGUGCACAUUUCACUCACUUAAUCUCUCUACCCAAAAUUGCAAACAAUAAACAAUUUGAAGACCUAAUAGUUAGGGCAAACCAAGACCAGUACAUGCAUUGUGGGUGGGAGUUACAAGGAGUUAAGUAUAUAGGUUCACAUGGGUUUGAAGCCUGUAACAUGUAAAGCAAUGCCGGUGACGGUGGCAUUGGCGGUGGUUCUGAUUUUAUGUUCAUUGGUUUUCUCUUCAAUGGCAUCUGUUUCAUAUGAUAACAAGGCUUUAAUCAUAAAUGGCCGCCGGAAGAUUCUUAUCUCUGGUUCUAUUCAUUACCCUAGAAGCACUCCUGAGAUGUGGCCAGAUCUUAUUCAGAAAGCUAAAGAAGGAGGGCUUGAUGUUAUUCAGACUUAUGUUUUCUGGAAUGGGCAUGAGCCUCAACAAGGCAAAUAUUACUUUGAGGGAAGGUAUGAUCUAGUAAGGUUUAUAAAAUUGAUCAAAGAAGCAGGUCUUUAUGCCCAUCUCAGAGUUGGUCCAUAUGUUUGUGCUGAAUGGAAUUUUGGAGGUUUUCCUGUUUGGCUAAAGUAUGUUCCUGGCAUCAGCUUUCGAACAGAUAAUGGACCUUUUAAGGCUGCAAUGGAGAAAUUUACAAGGAAGAUUGUUGAUAUGAUGAAAGUGGAAGGACUCUAUGAAUCUCAGGGUGGUCCGAUAAUUCUUUCCCAGAUAGAAAACGAAUAUGGCCCUUUAGAGUAUGAACUUGGUGCGCCUGGUAAAGCAUACGCGAAUUGGGCAGCCAAGAUGGCGGUUGGACUAGGAACUGGUGUCCCAUGGGUCAUGUGCAAGCAAGACGAUGCGCCCGACCCUGUUAUAAACACCUGCAAUGGAUUUUAUUGUGACUAUUUCUCACCCAAUAAAGCUUAUAAACCAAAGAUAUGGACCGAAGCAUGGACUGGCUGGUUUACGCAAUUUGGAGGUGCAGUUCCAUACCGACCUGCAGAAGAUUUAGCAUUCUCGGUUGCAAGAUUCAUACAAAAAGGCGGUUCUUACAUUAACUAUUACAUGUACCAUGGAGGAACGAACUUUGGCAGGACUUCUGGUGGUCCUUUUAUCACUACCAGCUAUGAUUAUGAUGCUCCUCUUGAUGAAUAUGGGUUAUUAAGGCAACCAAAAUGGGGACAUUUGAAGGAUCUCCAUAGAGCAAUUAAACUAUGUGAGCCUGCUUUAUUAGCCAGUGAUGCAACAAUGAUUUCUCUUGGGAACUAUCAAGAGGCUCAUGUUUUCAAGUCGAAAACAGGAAGUUGUGCUGCUUUCCUUGCCAACUACGAUGCACAUUCCUUUGCAAAAGUGACUUUUGGGAAUUUGCAUUAUAAUAUUCCUCCUUGGUCUAUUAGCAUCCUCCCGGAUUGCAAGAACACUGUUUAUAAUACUGCUAGGAUGGGUGCUCAAAGUGCUGAAAUGAAGAUGACCCCUGUUGUUUAUGGUGCUGGAUUUUCAUGGCAGUCGUUCAACGAAGAGCCAGACUCUUAUGAUGUCAACACUUUUACUACGAUGGGAUUGAUGGAACAGAUAAACAUCACGAGAGAUGUCUCUGAUUAUUUGUGGUACAUGACAGAUGUCAAGAUUGAUGCAAAUGAAGAAUUUUUGAGAAGUGGAAAGUAUCCUGUUCUUCAGGCCUCAUCUGCUGGUCAUGCUUUGCAUGUUUUCAUCAAUGGUCAAUUAUCUGGAAGUGCGUAUGGAAGUCUAGAAAGUCCAAAGUUGACCUUUAGUGGAGGUGUGAAUCUGAGAGCGGGUGUAAACAAGAUCGCCCUUUUAAGCAUUGCUGUCGGCCUUCCGAAUAUUGGCCCCCAUUUCGAGACAUGGAAAGCUGGUGUUCUAGGCCCGACUUCAUUGUACAAUCUCAAUGAAGGAAGAAGGGAUUUAUCAUGGCAAAACUGGUCUUACAAGAUUGGCUUAAAAGGAGAAGAUUUAAGUCUUCAUUCUCUAAGUGGAAGUUCUUCUGUUGAGUGGGUCACAAGCUCUAUGGUGACACAAAGACAGCCCCUAACAUGGUAUAAGGCUACUUUCAAUGCUCCCUAUGGAAGAGAGCCUUUGGCAUUGGACAUGAGUAGCAUGGGAAAAGGUCAAGCAUGGAUAAACGGUGAAAGCAUUGGUCGCUACUGGCCUGCGUACAAAGCAUCUGGCAAUUGCGCAGCUUGUAACUAUGCCGGUUGGUUCAAUGAGAAAAAAUGUCUAAAAAGUUGUGGAGAACCUACACAAAGAUGGUACCAUGUUCCUCGAUCUUGGUUGAAACCAACCGGGAAUUUGUUGGUUGUAUUUGAGGAAUGGGGCGGGGAUCCUUUCCACAUUUCUAUGGUGAAACGAGAGGUAGCUACAGUGUGUGCAGAUAUAUACGAGUGGCAACCAACUCUUGUGAAUUGGCAGUUACAAACCUCAGGGAAAGUUAAUAAACCUCUUAGACCGAAAGCUCAUCUUUCGUGUGCACCUGGUCAACAUAUCUCAUCGAUUAAAUUUGCUAGCUUUGGAACUCCAGAAGGUUCUUGUGGAAGCUUUAGACAGGGUAGUUGUCAUGCUUUUCAUUCUUAUGAUGCCUUCCAAAAGCUAUGCAUUGGGGAGAAUUCAUGCACGGUUACUGUUGCUCCCGCGAUGUUUGGAGGCGAUCCAUGUCCAUCUGUUAUGAAGAAGCUCUCGGUUGAAGCUGUUUGCAGUUAGCUGACGAAAAAACUAAACCAUUCGAUUAAACCAGUAAACCCGAUGCGUUUUUAAGGUGUUUGUGAAGAUUUUAUGUAUAUAAAGACGGGUUUGAUUAAAUUUACAAAAAGGCACAAUGUGACUGCAAAAAGAAUUGCGUCCAUGUGUUGUAUUCUUUGGAAAUUUGUUAUUUGUCCAUUUGUUGUAUUAUGUACUAUUUAUUUGGUAACAAAUAUUCUAAAGAUUUUUACCAUUCAUCUUUA